UGGUGCAACCUUGCUCCAUGACAUGUGGUCGCGGAGUGCCCACGCUGGCCUGCGGGCUGUGUCUGUGCCUCUACCACCCCGCCUGCGCCGGCCUCACGGCCCCUAGACCAGAGGGGACCUUCUUCUGCAAGAACUGCCGUAAGUCCAGUUCGCCGUCGUCAUCCCCUCCGCCGCUGACCCACAAGUCUGGUCUGACUUCUCUAGUGGCGCCGUGCGCGCGCCGCGCCGCCCCCCUCCCCCUCCCCCUCCCCCUCCCCACGCCCGCGCUGGUGCCGCGGCCGCGCCCCGCCGCCGCCGCCGCCGCCGCCGCCGCCGCGCAGCCGGCGGACAAACGAGUCACGCUGAGAAUGAAGAUGGCAGGCGGGCCGGACGGCGCUCGUGUGUGGGCGGUGUCACCUGCGCGUGGCUCGCUGCCGCAGUCGCUGGCCGUGCUCAACGGCCGCCGCUUCAUCGUGGUGCCGCGCGCUAUAGUGCAGCCUGCACCAUAACAACAGGGCGUCAAUGAGACGGGCAGCGUCACGCUGCGAUCUGUAUAAUCACAAUUAACUUAACACUAAGAUCGAUUAAGAUGAUAUCGUUGGAUGCAGGAUUUAAUGGACUACAUCAACGCCAGGGCUUGGACCCUUUAG